AUGGAGAUGCAGACUCAAAGCUCUGGGAGUUUUGCAUUCAUCUUCCCCCUGGCGGCUGGUCACAUCAACCCAUCUUUAGCCAUUGCGCGGUCCCUUGUUCAGCAGGGGCAUGAUGUGCACUACCUCUGUCGAGAACAGAUGCGUGAAGCGAUUGAAGAUACCGGAGCCGUGUUUCACAGCGACAUUGAAACUCAACCAGAGCUGUAUGCUGGGAGGGAUCCCUCGAUGUGGGGUGCCCUGGGAUCCUUGCAGGAGGAGUAUGGCAUGAAGGGCGAAAGCCUUUCCCAGGCCAGAUUGAAACUGAGGGAGUUGGCAGUAGAGCUGAUGCUUCCUGGUACUCUUCGAUGGCUUGAGAAGAUCAAGGCUCAGGCAGUGCUGUGCGAUCCGCUAAUCAGCUUGGAAGCCCCACUGGCAGCAACGGUGGCACUGAUUCCCUGUGUGGCCUUGUUGACCGUUGCAGGGCCUGGUGGACAGGAAAUCGCUUGGGGCGGUGUCUUGAAGGCUUUGGGCACCACUGCGGAGACGGUCUUGCAGGAAAGACGUCAGUUUCAAGGACUCCAAGAUUGCAUAGAACGUUUGAAGAAGACCUACGGCCUUCACCUCGCUGUGGAAGAUGGUGUGAAACCUUUGGGAGUCUUCAGAAGCUGCCUGAUGUCUACUCUGACACUGGUGACCACUGCAGAAUUCUUGGCCGAUCCCAUGUCCCCAGAGGUGUCUAACGCAUACACCGGCCAUGACUUCGUCUACCUCGGCCCUUUGCUGGACAAGCCCGGUGCCAAACGUGCAGGCGGUCACAAGAUGCAGGAUGCUUCCAAUCAUUCAGGUGGUGAUACCGAUGCGACGGCCCUCAACUUGGCUCGUGAUGCAAGGGCAGAAGGUCGACCAUUGGUCUUGGUGAGUCUUGGAACCAUCAUCACUGGUGAUCAUACUGACUAUGGCUGGGGUGCUCGCUUCAUUGUGGAUGGGCAGCAGGUAGGCAUCUCCGGUCGGGAACUUUGUCAGGCAGCGUGGCAGGCAGCCUUUGAUGUUUUUGGCCAGUGGGACCCAAGCUCAACGCAGUCGCCCUUGAUUCUUGCAGCACUCGGUCCUCAAGCAGAUGCCCUAGAGGGAUUGAAGGUACCUCCAAAUGCCUUCUGCAGCCCUACUCUUCCACAAGUGGAUUUGCUCAGACUUGGAGUGGAUGUAUUCCUGACCCAUGGAGGGCAGAAUAGCUUCACAGAAGCCUUGUCCAUGGGAGUUCCCCUAGUGGUUUGCCCAGGCUUUGCCGAUCAGCCGGUGAAUGCAGCGAAAGCGGAGUCUUUGCAGAUCGGUCUCAAGGUGGAUCGACCCAUGCGAGCCCUGGAGCAUGCUGAGGCAGAUAAAGCUGCAUACAGGAAAGCCACUGCAGAUGCCUUGACGACAGUGGUGCAAGAUCCAUCUUUCAAGCAGCAUGCCAUGAGUUGUGCCCAGGCCUUGAGUGCUUGUGGAGGUGUCAGCCUGGCAACCAGAAUUCUGCUGGGUUUGGCGACUUCGAAGCUGCCUCUUCAAUUGAAACAGGCUGGAGCCUAG